GUUAGUAGUGUUCAGUUGGAAAAAAUGAAACUCUUCACACCCAUCGCAGUUUUAGCUUUCGUGGCUGUAUGUCAUGGGACGUCACUUGACCUCCAUCCUCUUUCCGAUGAGUACAUUGCAUCAAUUAAUGAAAAAGCAACAACAUGGAAGGCAGGAAAGAACUUUGAAGUUGAAGACUGGGAACGCGUAAAGAAAAUCGCUGCUGGCGUUUUGCCAAGAAAAGCUGCACUGAGAUUUGUCACACAAAGCAAUCCUCAUGACGAAAGCGAAGAAGUUCCGGAAUCAUUCGACGCUCGUGAAAAUUGGCCAAGGUGUGAUUCUCUUAAGCAGAUUAGAGAUCAAUCAAGCUGUGGAUCAUGCUGGGCUUUUGGUGCUGUCGAAGCCAUGUCCGACAGAAUUUGCAUUCACUCAGACCAAUCCAAGCAAGUGUACGUAUCUGCUGAAGACUUGAACUCAUGUUGCUUUGGACUAUUUGCCUGUGGAAUGGGAUGCGAUGGUGGAUACGUUGCGGAACCAUGGGAAUACUGGAGGACUGACGGUAUUGUAACUGGUGGAGCCUACAACUCAUCCCAAGGAUGCAAAGACUACUCGCUGGAACCAUGCGAACAUCACGUUGAAGUUGGAUCCAGACCACAGUGUUCAUCUUUGAACUAUGAUACUCCUGAAUGCGUCAGAUCUUGCUACGAAAGCUCCUUGGAUUACACAGAAUCUCUCACUUUUGGACAACAGGUCAGCACUUUCACCAAUGAGAAGCAAAUGCAAUUGGAAAUUCUCAAAAAUGGACCCAUUGAAGCCGCUUUUACCGUAUAUAAUGACUUCUUGAGCUACAAAUCUGGAGUUUAUCAGGCAACCGCACAGGAUGAGUCUGUUGGCGGACAUGCCAUUAAAGUGCUAGGAUGGGGUGUCGAAGAAGGAACCAAAUACUGGCUGAUUGCCAAUUCAUGGAACACCGACUGGGGUGACAAUGGAUACUUCAAAUUCCUUCGCGGAGUGGACCAUUGUGGAAUCGAAAGUGAAACUGCCGCUAGUUUACCAGCUUAGUAAACAAUUGUAUGAUUAAGACCAACAUUUUAGAAAAAUAAAUGUUAAUUUUAAAAGUCUUAUACUAAUAUGUGCCGCAGUGUACAUUAAUGUUGGCAAGCGACAUUUUACAACGAAAUGAAUUAGUA